AUGAGGCCUGUCCGAAGCUCUGUCCUCUGCCGCCUCCUUCCUGCACCCUUCUCUCUGGCCCUGCGCAGCCUGGUCCUGGUCCUGCUCUGCAUCACUCCUCGUUGCCAGGCUGUCCAGGCAGAGAAUGUGACAGUACUGGAAGGAGGCACAGCUCAGAUCUCCUGCCGCCUGCAGAACUACGAUGGCUCAAUUGUGGUCAUCCAGAACCCCCGCCGACAGACCCUCUUCUUCAAUGGCACGCGAGCCUUGAAGGACGAGCGCUUCCAGAUGGUGCUCUUCACGCCACAACUGGUGCGCAUCACGCUGACCAACGUCAGCGUGUCGGAUGAGGGCGGUUACUUCUGCCAGCUCUACACGGAUUCCACGCAUCACCAGGUGGCCACGCUCUCCGUCUCGGUACCCCCGGAGACGCCCACGGUGGAGGUGAAGCAGGACGUGGCGGAGGGCAGUGAGGCGGAGCUCACCUGUGUGUCGCCGCGCAGCAAGCCAGCUGCCACCCUGCGCUGGACGCGCAACGGCCGGGAGAUACCAGGUGUUGUGUCACAGCAGGACAACGGGAAGACAUUUAGUGUGUCCAGCACCAUUCGCAUCCCGGUAGAAAGGAAAGACAACGGAGCGGCGCUGAUGUGCGAGGCUCUUCAUCCUGCUCUUUCCGGACAGAGGAGGAUUCGACAUUAUCGCCUGGAUGUGUAUUUUGCUCCAACGGUGCGAAUUGUUCCUCCAACGGGAAUUUUACGUGAGGGCGAUUCACUCAGCCUGACCUGCUCUGUCACUGGGAAUCCUCUGCCAAGGGAUAUUGGGUGGUCCAAGGUUAAUGACACCUUACCUGAGAGGGCAGAAAUUUCUGGGCCCACCCUUCAGAUUUCCCGUCUCAGCCAAGCGCACAACGGGACAUACUUGUGCCAGGCCCAGAACGACUUUGGACGUGCCGCUGAUCAUUACGCCCUGCUGGUGUAUGGUGAGUACGCCAAAAAAAAAAAAACAACUUUGUUCAGUUGA